GACGAAAUAAAAACGUCAUAAUCUGUCCAAUGGCUCAAUAGUAGGGAGGUAAUGCAUCAUGGUGGCAGAAGUUCCAAUCGACGAUGAGCUCGGAGUUUUUCCGGACAGGGCUGUGUCCGAUGGUGAUAUCAGUCCUUUUAGAAAUGAAUUGGUGAACAACUCUAUUUCAAGUGCCAUUGCCCUCGUAAUUCAUUCCCAUUUCAUAUAGUUCAUUUUCUUUUUGAUACGCAAUUGAAACUCCUCAACUUUCCAAUAUGAGUGCCACGCAGAGAGUCCAAGACCCGCAUCCAGUCGCCCGCAACUAUGGUGCCUAUCAGAAUGAAAUUUAUGCGCGGGGCACGUUAGACAAUAUCAAGCCCACCGUGACUACAGAUCCGAAUAAAUUAGAAGAGCAGGCGAAGAAGCAUCUGCCAGCGACAAGCUACAAUUAUGUUGCGGGCGGAGCGGGCGAGCGGGCCACGAUGGAUGCUAACCGCCUAGCAUUCAGACAAUGGAAGCUCGUCCCCCGUAUGCUCCGCGACACGACUCACCGAGAUGUGACCGUGGAGCUGUUCGGCAAGAAAUAUGAUAGCCCGCUCCUGGUGGCACCUGUAGGUGUGCAAGUCAUCUUCAAUGAAGACAAGGAGACUGGUGUCGCCGAGGUGGCUUCGCAGCUCGGCGUGCCAUACAUUACUAGUUCCGCAUCGAGCUCGAGCAUGGAGGAGAUUGCACAAGCAAACGGUGCAGGGCCACGAUGGUAUCAACUUUACUGGCCACAAGACAACGACAUUACUAUUUCUCUCCUGAACCGCGCUAAGAAAGCCGGCUACGAAGUCCUCGUCGUGACGCUCGAUACAUGGGCACUCUCGUGGCGUCCAUGGGACCUGGAUGAAGCAUAUGUGCCCUUUCUCAAGGGCAUCGGCGACCAGGCCGGCUUCACCGACCCGGUAUUCCGCAAGAAAUUUGCCGAAAAGCACGGCAAGGAGAUUGAGGACGACAUUCUGACCGCGUCGAAGGAAUGGGCGGGCCAUAUCUUCUCCGGCGCAGCGCACACGUGGGAUCAGAUUGAUCUGCUGAAGAAACACUGGGACGGUCCCAUUGUCCUCAAGGGUAUUCAGCAUGUCGACGAUGCCCGUCUGGCUGUGGAAAAGGGCGUGGACGGUAUCGUCGUCAGCAACCACGGCGGCCGGCAGCUUGAUGGCGCAGUCGGCAGUCUCGAUGUGCUCCCCGAGAUUGUGGAUGCCGUGGGCGACAAACUGACAGUACUGUUCGAUUCGGGCAUUCGUACCGGUGUCGACAUCAUCAAGGCCCUUUCGCUCGGCGCUAAAGGUGUCUUGAUUGGCAGGCCAUGGGUCUAUGGUCUUGCCGUGGGUGGAAAGCUAGGCGCAAAGGACGCUCUCCGCGGAUUGUUGGCGGAUCUCGACCAAAGUAUGGGUCUCGCUGGCAUCCAAAACAUUUCUGAAUGCAAGAGGUCCAUGGUCCGCCGCGUGCAGUAUCCCGGCGAUGUCAAAUCAAGCAAUUAGAUUUACGAUAUCCAAUAAGUUAGAUUUAUAAUAUUACUUUUUUCUUUUUUCUUCAUCUUCUAAAUUGAUUCAAUCCAUCUUCUUACAAGGAGCUUUUGGUGCCACUAUAUAGCAGUUACCGGAGGGUUUUAAAUUGGCUGAGGCCAAUCGGCCCAACCGACCACCAUAUAUAUGAAGGGGCGGGGGGGUUUUGAACUUAAUGCUGUAGAUGAUUAUUUUGUUAACAUUAUUCAGAUAUAACAUGAAGCACGCUAGCCAUGG